AGGGCGAGUCUCCCGCUGUCCCCAACGUCCUCUCCGCGUCUUCGGCCGAGCUCGGGCGGGCGCAGCUGAGGCCCAGCGGCCGGCGCGGCGGCGAGAAUUUUUUGAUGCCUUCUGCCACUCUGAUGAAUCUCCAGCUGCUCUGAUGAUAACUUACGAAGACUACAUGCUGUUCUCUCUUGAUGCCAAGCUGGGAUCACUCAAAAGUUCCGAUCUCACUGCUUCAUGGAGACCAGAUCCCAGCAGGAAUGGCCGUGGAGGAAAUUGGCACUCAGAUGGCACCUCUGUGUGAAGUUGUCUCGGGCUAUGGACUGACUGGAGGAUACCUAGUCACCAGGGUAGCUGGCUGUCACUCACCUGGAGCAGGGCAGCAUGGUGUGCAUUCAGAGGAGGAAGGUGUUGGCAUCUUGCCUUUGCCUCGCUGCUACUGUAUUUCUGCUCGUCACCCUUCAGGUAGUGGUUGAACUGGGAAAAUUUGAAAGGAAGAAUUUAAAAAGCUCCAAGUUGCGAGGUGGACAUUCAAAUACUGCAAAAGUGUCUACUCAGCUCUCUUCACUUCGGAAAAAGGAGGCACGGACAGUGCAGAAGAGAUCCAGAUCGGAAGCCGAGAACUACCCCAUUAUGCUCUGGUGGUCCCCACUGACCGGAGAAACCGGAAGGUUAGGCCAGUGCGGAGGAGAUACCUGUUUCUUCACCAUCAACAAAAGUUACCUCUAUCAUCCCAAGACCAAAGCGUUUCUCUUCUAUGGUACUGAUUUCAACAUUGAGAGUCUACCUCUGCCUCGGAAAGCCCAUCACGAUUGGGCCCUUUUUCACGAGGAGUCUCCAAAAAACAACUACAAGCUCUUUCACAAGCCAGUCAUCACCUUGUUCAACUACACAGCCACCUUCAGCCGGCAUUCCCACCUGCCACUGACCACCCAGUAUCUGGAGAGCAUAGAAGUCCUAAAAUCACUCCGAUACCUCGUCCCUCUGCCAUCCAAAAAUAAUCUUCGAAAAAAGCUUGCUCCUCUGGUAUACGUACAGUCAGACUGUGACCCACCCUCUGAUAGGGACAGCUAUGUUCGAGAGCUGAUGGCCUACAUUGAAGUUGAUUCCUACGGAGAGUGCCUACGCAACAAAGACCUCCCUCCGUCGCUGAAGAGUCCUGCAUCCAUGGACGCUGAUGCCUUCUAUAAGAUCAUCGCUCAGUACAAGUUCAUCCUUGCUUUUGAGAAUGCCAUCUGUGAUGACUACAUCACUGAGAAGUUCUGGAGGCCUCUGAAGCUGGGGGUCGUCCCCGUGUACUACGGCUCCCCAAGCAUCACAGACUGGCUUCCCAGUAACAAAAGCGCGAUUCUUGUUUCGGAAUUUUCUCACCCGAAAUACCUGGCAGAUUUUAUCAAGCAACUGGAUUACGAUGACAAGCAGUACGAGGCCUACAUAGAGUGGAAGCUAAAGGGUGAGAUCUCUAACCCAAGACUCCUCAAGGCCCUCCGGGAACGGACCUGGGGAGUGCAAGAUGUGCAUCAGGACAAUUACAUCGAUGCGUUUGAGUGUAUGGUGUGCAGCAAAGUGUGGGAUAACAUCAGGCUGCAAGAGAAGGGCUUGCCACCCAAAAGAUGGAAUGCCGAAGUCAGUCACCUGACCUGUCCAGAGCCCACUGUGUUCGCCUUCUUGCCUCUGGCUCCACGUCGGAGCUCUUUGCGAGAGAUGUGGAUACCAAGCUUCAAACAGUCCAAGAAAGAAGCACGGGCCCUCAGGUGGCUGGUUGAUAGGAAUCGAAACUUUUCAUCCCAUGAGUUCUGGACUCUAGUCUUCAAAAACUAAUGUCUACAAGUCUCCAGAUGACUUUUAAAGAGACUAAAGCCUUUUUAAAGUUUGUUUUUUUUUAAGGUUGCCUUAAUAUUUGGAUAGAAUUACUCUGUUGCCUCUCUUUAGGGUAAAUGUUAAUUGCUGCAGUACUCAUAAUAAGCCCCAUCAAAUAAGAAGUUUGAAUUACCUUAGGGGUAACCUCUAUAUAUUUUUAUACUGAAAAAAAGGAAAUAUCUCUUUUGGAAACUGUUCAUCUUUGGUUUACAUGUUUGGGCCCACAGGUCCCUGCUGCCUUUUGUAGAAACAGACUGAUGGUAGGGUCAGAGCAUUCACCACUGCCGGCAAGACAGGGAGGUGCUGUGGAUUCCUGAUACUGAACUCACUAUCUGCAAUUUAUUGGUGUUUGGCAAGCGCCGUGUCCUGACGCUGAGCAUGAACAUGAAAUGCAUUAGAACUUGGCAAUGAGUGAUUCCAUCUGUUGGUUUCCAGGGCCAUAAGUGAGUAAUAAAAGCUGUGUGGAGUUUAUGUGCGA